AUGAACCAGCAAUUAAGUGACAGCAAUAAUAUCUUCAUGGAGGAGAUACCACAGUAUGAAGGCACCUUCACAAUGAUGGCCAGGCAUGUCCUUUUCAAAGGCAUGGUUUUCGUGCCAACAAAACCUGUGGAGGUAGGUGUGGUUGGGUUAAUGGUGAUUACAGUGUUGGUGGUAGUAAUAAUGGUAGAUCACUCUCUUUUCAAUACUUCAAGUUAUUUUUAAAUAAAAUACAAGAAUAAAAAUAUUUCACUGAUAUGGGUUUUCCAAGGGAAAUAUUUUUGAAUAUUGUUAUUGACAAUAACUUAUGUUGUACAAUUUGGUAAGUGCAAAUCAUAUUUUAGUGAUAGCAUGCACUUUGCAUUAUAAUUUUAUUUCCUUUGAUGGUUUAAUUUACACAUAUGGUUAAUUGCUUUUAGCCAAGACGUUCUAGAGGAACCACAAUUGUGUUGCGAAGGGACAUGCCUUUUGUAAAAGUUCGAAACCUACUUAGUUGAGCAUCACAACAGAUGUUGUCCUAGUGAUCAGACUCGACUGCAGUCAACAUCUUUCUUCCGAAACGCACAGCAACGCUGUAUGUCACAUGAACUUGCCCAAUGAAGGCAGAUCCUAGCAGAUGAAUGUUGCCAAGAACCAACUGCAUGCUGCUAUUGCUUAUUGUCAAUACUAAGUCAGCUGCAAUACAGUGCAGUACAGUGCAAUUUUGGUCACUCACGGAAAAUGUUUGCGGAAAUGAUUAAAGUGGCAUGCGCCUAAAUUGACAAGAAGAAUGCUGACUUCCUCUCUGUUCCCAUUCCAAACACGGGAAUGCUACUGCACUUUUAUGUAACCACCGACAUUGCAUUACCAAACAGGUCACCGUUAUCUGCCUUGUUGUAGAUGGUAGAGAAGGAAUAAUCUUAGAUGCCAGGGAGGCAUACACCAAUUCUGGUGGUACAAGAGGUGCUUUAGCGACUGCAAUAUACAAAAAUCUGAAGGAGCACGUCGACUUAAAAGACAAGCAUCUUCUGCAAGCACAGGAAAGAGUGUUGGAUGGCCAGUACCUAAACGAGUCAUUCAUUGCUGGCAUGAACAAGCCUAUCAUGCAACUAUUUGAGAAUAGCCAAAUAGACUUGGGCAGUUUUGAUUAA